AUGUCUGGAAUAAUUGACGCGUCUUCUGCGCUAAGAAAAAGAAAGCAUUUGAAGAGAGGUAUCACCUUCACUGUGAUGAUCGUGGGCCAGUCCGGCUCUGGCCGAUCAACCUUUAUAAACACUCUGUGCGGCCAGCAAGUCGUAGACACUUCGACGACAAUCCUAUUGCCCACAGAUACAUCCACAGAAAUAGAUCUGCAAUUGAGAGAGGAAACCGUGGAAUUGGAAGAUGAUGAAGGUGUUAAGAUUCAACUUAAUAUCAUCGAUACUCCGGGAUUUGGCGAUUCUCUAGACAAUUCACCAUCCUUUGAGAUAAUUUCUGACUAUAUUCGUCAUCAAUAUGAUGAGAUCUUAUUGGAAGAAAGUCGUGUGAGAAGAAACCCAAGAUUCAAGGACGGCAGGGUUCAUUGUUGCCUCUAUCUAAUAAACCCAACUGGCCAUGGUUUAAAAGAGAUUGAUGUGGAAUUUAUCAGGCAAUUGGGGUCCUUGGUUAACAUCAUCCCCGUGAUCAGUAAAUCCGACUCAUUGACAAGAGAUGAACUGAAACUGAAUAAAAAGUUAAUCAUGGAGGAUGUUGAUAGAUGGAAUUUGCCCAUUUAUAAUUUUCCCUUCGAUGAAGAUGAAAUUUCAGACGAGGAUUAUGAAACCAACAUGUAUCUGCGUACACUUUUACCUUUUGCCAUUAUUGGGUCUAACGAAGUUUACGAAAUGGGAGGAGAUGUUGGAACAAUUCGUGGUAGAAAAUAUCCGUGGGGAAUAUUAGAUGUGGAAGAUUCGUCUAUUUCAGAUUUUGUCAUUUUGAGAAAUGCAUUAUUGAUCUCUCAUUUGAAUGACUUGAAAAAUUAUACGCAUGAAAUAUUAUACGAAAGAUAUAGAACUGAGGCAUUAUCCGGUGAAUCGGUUGCUGCAGAAUCAAUACGUCCUAACCUUACAAAAUUGAAUGGCUCAUCGUCUUCGUCCACCACAACAAGGAGAAACACAAAUCCUUUCAAGCAAAGCAAUAAGAUUAGCGACGACGUUCUCAACCCAACAUCCGAUGUGCAUGGGCAAAACACUGGUGAAAAUAAUGAAACUUACAUGACACGUGAAGAGCAAAUACGGUUAGAAGAAGAGCGAUUAAAGGCAUUCGAGGAAAGAGUGCAGCAAGAAUUGCUGUUGAAAAGACAAGAACUGUUGCAAAGAGAAAAGGAAUUAAGAGAGAUCGAAGCCAGGUUGGAAAAAGAGGCUAAAAUCAAACAGGAAGAAUGA